CUCCACUUUCCCAGCAUUCCCUGCGCCCCUACCAUCGACAGCAGCUUCCGGAAUCGUUGGUUUAAGUGGGUGACGAAGGAGCGGGCUUUCGCUGCUCCGUGUCGCUCCUUCGCGCUCUCUCGGGCAACAUGGCGGGCGUGGCGGAGGCAGCGAGCUUCGGGAGCCACCUGAAUGGCGACUUGGACCCGGACGACAGGGAGGAGGGAGCUGCCUCUACGAAUGAGGAGGCAGCCAAGAAGAAAAGACGGAAGAAGAAGAAGAGUAAAGGGGCUGCUGCAGGGCAAGAAACUGAUAAAGAAUCAGGAGCUUCAGUUGAGGAGGUAGCAAGACAAUUGGAAAGACAAGCAUUGGAAGAGAAAGAAAGAGAUGAUGAUGAUGAAGAUGGAGAUGGUGAUGGAGAUGGAGCAACUGGAAAGAAGAAGAAAAAGAAGAAGAAGAAGAAAGGACCAAAAGUUCAGACAGACCCUCCCUCAGUUCCAAUAUGUGACCUGUAUCCUAAUGGUGUAUUUCCCAAAGGACAAGAGUGCGAGUACCCACCCACACAAGAUGGGAGAACAGCUGCUUGGAGAACUACAAGUGAAGAAAAGAAAGCAUUAGAUCAAGCUAGUGAAGAGAUUUGGAAUGAUUUUCGAGAAGCUGCAGAAGCACAUCGACAAGUUAGAAAAUAUGUUAUGAGCUGGAUCAAGCCUGGGAUGACAAUGAUAGAAAUCUGUGAAAAGUUGGAGGACUGUUCACGCAAGCUAAUAAAAGAGAACGGCUUAAACGCAGGUCUGGCAUUUCCUACUGGGUGUUCUCUCAAUAACUGUGCAGCCCAUUAUACUCCCAAUGCUGGUGACACAACAGUAUUACAGUAUGAUGACAUCUGUAAGAUAGACUUUGGAACACAUAUAAGUGGUAGGAUUAUUGACUGUGCUUUUACUGUCACUUUUAAUCCCAAAUAUGAUACAUUAUUAAAAGCUGUAAAAGAUGCCACUAACACUGGAAUAAAGUGCGCUGGAAUUGAUGUUCGUCUGUGUGAUGUUGGUGAGGCCAUCCAAGAAGUUAUGGAAUCCUAUGAAGUAGAAAUAGAUGGGAAGACAUACCAAGUGAAGCCAAUCCGUAAUCUAAAUGGACAUUCCAUUGGGCCAUAUAGAAUACAUGCUGGGAAAACAGUGCCCAUUGUGAAAGGAGGAGAGGCAACAAGGAUGGAGGAAGGAGAAGUGUAUGCCAUUGAAACCUUUGGUAGCACAGGAAAAGGUGUGGUUCAUGAUGAUAUGGAAUGCUCCCAUUACAUGAAAAAUUUUGAUGUUGGACACGUGCCAAUAAGGCUUCCAAGAACAAAACACUUGUUAAAUGUCAUCAAUGAGAACUUUGGCACCCUUGCCUUCUGCCGCAGAUGGCUGGAUCGCUUGGGAGAAAGUAAAUACUUGAUGGCUCUGAAGAAUCUGUGUGACUUGGGCAUUGUAGAUCCAUAUCCACCAUUAUGUGACAUUAAAGGAUCGUAUACAGCGCAAUUUGAACAUACCAUACUGUUGCGUCCAACAUGUAAAGAAGUUGUCAGCAGAGGAGAUGAUUAUUAAAACUUAGUUCAAAAGCCACCUCAACACCUUUAUUUUCUAAGCUUUGUUGGAAUACAUUAUACCACAUUUAAUGUGCAACAUAUUGUCUAACGGUGGACCUAUGUAAUGCUUUUAUCCGUGUUUGAAAAGGAAAAAAUUUGAUCAAAGGCAAACGUUCUAAUGUAAUUAAAUUAACCAAGGAAAAAGCUUUCAGGACUUUCAGAAAUGUUAACUGUUUUUCUCCACCGUCUGGGAAAAUGCUAUAAAGGUCAGAUUAGUUAGGAAUGAGUAACAAACACAUUUUGUUUGAGAUGCUUUUCAGAUAUUUAUAUUACCAUAUUCCUACUUGGAUGCUUUGAAUGACUACGAACAAUUCUGCACCUAUACCCUCUGGUAUUGCUUUUUAACCUUCCUGAAAUCCAUUUUCUAAAAAAUAAAGACAUUUUCAGAUCUGAGAGCUAUACUUCAAUGUCUGUGGUUAUAAUUCUGGAGAGGAAAUAGCUAAAUUUAAUGUAGGGAUUUGUAGAGCCUUUUGUCUGGAUUGUAGGCCUCUACACUGAAACUUUCUUCUGACAUAGUGGGUAAAACAAAAUCUACAAAUGCGUAAAGUGAGUUAUUUUUUCUUCGUGAAUGAAUAUACAUUUAGGAGUAUUUUGAUUUUCUUUAUAGGACCGUGUUAGUCCUUGUCUUUUUUUCCCUCCUACAUUGGGAAGAUCCACUAAAUGAGAACAUGACUUAAUAGGAACAUAUUGCCAACUUGAAACCUUGAUUUUGUAAAAUGGGAACGUUUAUAGAUCUUUGUCCAGUGGUAGUUUUCAUUGGGAAAUAUAUUCAGCGUAGUCAAAGGGCCAAAAAGGUGUUUAAAGUUACAGUAGCAAAGAAAACCAGGGAAACAUUCCAUGUUUGGAUUCUUGUUCUAGUUAGUAAAGCUAAAUUGAAGUUAUUAGGCUUUUUCAUAAGUGAGCCACAUUCUAUCACACUCUACCGUCAAGUGGCUUGGAUUCCUAACAUUAUGGGUGGUAUUUCAGGAAGUGAGAUUACAGUGACCCUCCUUCUAGCAGCUAAGGGCAGAAGUAGAAUGUAAGAUGUAUAAUUGAACUGAGUCCCACUACCAGUUCUUUAGAAUUGCUUGAAUUCUUACAUGUAAACAAUUUAUUGGGAGUGUUCCAACACAGUUUUAAAACUUAUGUACCAAGGUAAAGCCUUAAUUUGUAUGCUUUAGUACAAAAAAGAUUUUACUGCCUCUGGGAUGCUGUUUAGUUUGUAUUUUGUUUAACACUUUUUCUCAUAGGAAGAGAAACCGCUGACUUCUGUACGUAGGUCAUUUAUCACAUUAAAACGAUGCUCUUUUGGCAUUAGAGCUAUAUUAUGUUACCUUGUGGGAUAUACAGUCUAGUUUUUAGCCAUAUGAGCCAUGUUUACUAUGGUGCUAAUGUUCAAUAGCUACCUUCCAAUUAUUUCUCCAUUUUCUGUGAUGAUGUGCUAGUGGCAGAACCCAUCCAUUCAUGCCUGGACAUGUUACAGAGUUUGGGCCCUCCAGCUAGCUCCUGUGGGGUUUUGAGUCCAUACCUUUUUGGUGGGAGGUAUAAAUAUCUUUAUUUCUAAGCCUAGGAAUUUUAGAAUUAUCCCAGUGAGUGAAGAAUUUUGGUGCUUCAUAAUACCUUUUCAGCAGCAGUGAUCUCAAACCAAUUGUGAGUUCCACGUUCCCUUCCCAGGUAACUGCUGGGAGCAUUAGCAUCAGUGCAUGCCCCUGGAAUGGCUGGAAGGGAUAUGAUCUUAUAAAUAGGAAAGCUGUCACUUAAGAAAAAAAUUGUAUUGUUUACCUACUAGCCAUGUAUCUCUUGAAAUCAUUUUGUCAUGUUUACAAUAAUGUACCUUCUAUUGGUAACAAAUUAUUAGUUUGAUGUUUAACAAUAGUGCCUUUAGUAAAUUAUUUUAUAAC